AUGGCCAUGGCAGAAACUUCAGAUCCUCCUCAUGUUCGACACAGUCGCCGAAAACCCUUUUCAACGUGGAUGAAACGACUAACCAACCUGAAAAGCUCGUCAUCUUCAGGCACACAAUCUGGUAGCAGAGAAGCAUCAGGAAAGGGCAAUGUUCAUAAUAAUAUAUUAAAAAGCGGCAACAAACGACAGAAUGGUUGCGCAAAAAACAAUCCGUAUCCCUUGUCAGGCACCAUUCGCGAUAUUGGGUCGCCUCGGAGUUAUAAUGAUACUGUGUCUUAUACGGAAUCGACUGAGACAGAUCAACAUCGACUUGAUCAAAGUGCGAGUCAGCAUUCGUUGCAAGCUUCUGCGUCCGAGCAGAAUAUUCCGGGGAAUAGCGCCAAAUCGACUGCCCCGACUCUGUCUACGAUGGGCGACACUGCGCGAUCCGAGACCGGAUACUCAAAGGCUGGGACUACGAUGACGGGACCUGGAGGAGUGUACGGGGGUGGGGAAGGGAGUACAUUCUCCUCACCAGCGCCGUCGGUGCGUUCGUUGACCACGACUUUGACUACUGUCCAGUCUGCGGCGCCGUCUGCUCACAUAUACGGCAUCGCACAGAAUAAUCAGAACAUCAAUGGGCCCAUCAGCUCUGCGCAGAAUGGUCUGCAACAACAGACUCAAUUUGCGCAUCAAUUCCCACCUUCACCUGCAUCUGCUGUUCCACCGCAUGUGGCUAUGACGGGCCAUCCGACGACAUACAGUUCCGCAACAGCCAACAAUAUCCUGACCGAUAACGCAUCCAUUCUCACGCUUGCAUCAUCCUCGAAACGUCGACGUAGAAACUCUCUCGACACCAAUGCCUCCAUGCGAGCUUUGGCGCCUUCUUCGGUGUUUGGCGGUAGUCGCGAGAGUCUACCCUUGAGCGUACUCAGCGCUAACGUCGGGGCCGAUGCAUCCAAUGCAUCUAUUACAAAUGCAUCCGGUGUACUGAGCCGACAGAGUCUCGGAGGUCUAGCUAGCGCCGAACGGAUUAGUGUCUACUCCGCCUCGGGGACUGUGCCACCUCUUGUCCAUGGUGGUGGUGAUAGGAGCAGUCUGAUUGCCGCCGGCAAGCAAGGAGAUAACGGUAGUAUUCGAAGCGGUACACACUCACACACUCGCAACGAUAGCGCAGCUGGUAGUGUCUCUGGAACGAUAGGAAGUACCCUGAACAAUAACACUUCCGCCGCCGCUGCGAUCACACCAGGUGCAAUGCCAGGUAGGAUAAGUCGUCGAAGUUCUGGAUGGGGUGAAAUUUCAGGCGAGGGUGAAGAAGGCGGUGCUCAUCAACGAUGUGAAAUUGAUGAAUCGUCAGAAAAGACGGAAGAAGCGAAUCAAGAAAAUAGUCUUGCAAAUGGGGAUCCGGAAUCUUCUAUUGAUGAAAAGGCCAAGCAAUAGCCUAUCAUCCAGUUCUGUUUCCAACUUCAUUCAACCCGCUUAUGACCACACGCAUAAUAUCAUACCUCUGUUUGUUUCCGUUACGUUAUCCAACCCGACGAAUGAUCACUUUACCUUAUGAACGAAUACUUCCUUGCAAUUACAUGUAUACUACAUUCACAAUUCAUGCAUCAUCAAGAAGUAUGGAGAAGUAUGAAAUGAAGUAGAGAAUCAUUAUCUCAUAAUUGUAAACUAGCAUCGCACUGGAAAAAAUCAAUCAACACCGCCGUCCGCUUACCAUGAUGAGGAAUUCCUCUGGUAUAAUAAUGAUAAUAGGUCAAAACAACGACCUCACAUCACACAUUCUCCGAUGACCAUUUCGAAGCAGAAAUGAAAAGAGGCGAGUAUCAUAAGUAAUAGAAAAGGUAUAGACAUUGAAGACAUAAAGCAAGAAAUGACUCAUCACAAAAGCUGCGCGUGUAACUCGUAAUAAUAAUCCCUAACCUUAUGAUAUAAAGGCUGGACGUAAACUGCUGUAGUAUUCUAUCAUGUUCCCUUUUUUUGGUGGUUUUUCGAAUUUUUUUUUUUUGCUUUUUUUUCCCUCUACUUAAGCAGUGCCAACCCCAAUCUUGGACUCGGAUGAUUGCUCCUUCCCCGCCUUAUGACUAGCCAAGAAAUUCUUAAACAUAUGCGCAAUAUCAGUCUCGCUUCGCUGUUUUCCUUCUCCAGACUCAGAGCCGUUCUUCUCAGUAAUCAAGUUCUUCAACCACUGAUUCUCAAGCUCUAGUUGUGAGACGCGUGCUUCCAACACAGCGUUUUUCUCGCUUGCCUCCUUGACCGAUUUUUCGAGCGCUUGUUCGCGUUGCUUCUUCUUUACGCGGAAGCGGGCGCUGGCGGCUGUGUUGCGACGACGUUUGUCUUCUUCGGCUGCGGCACGGGCGGCUUCGUCGAGGGUUUUGGAGUCGUGGGAUUGUUUGCGUUUUGUGCCUGCUAUUUGCAUUGGGGUAGACACGAAGGAGGAGAUGUUUGUUGGUGAGGGGAUCUCGGUCUUGGGGACGCGGGGUGGUUGUUGUUGUACUGGGCCGGUGGUCUCUUCUACUGGGUGUGGU